AUGACAGCCGAACUCUCAAGCUCGGCCUCGCAGGGGGCUGCCCCCCUCUUCCAAGCCCAUUCCGGCUCCGGCCUCUCCCUGACCGAGGAAGCUUUUUUAGAGGCUGUUGUGUGCGGCAACGUUCCCGAGGUGAGGCGCUUGCUGGACGAGCUGCCGGACCUCAACGUCAACAAAGUUAACUUCACGGGUCAGAACGCCUUGCAGCUGGCUGUGUCCAACGAGCAUUUUGAUAUCACCAAGUUGCUCCUGGAGAGGAAAGAGCUGAGCAGGAUGGGCGACGCAUUGCUCUUAGCCAUCCGAAAAGGUUACGUACGCAUCGUGGAGGCCAUCUUGAGCCACCGGGCCUUUGCGGACGUUCAGAGUUUAACGUGUAGCCCCAGUCAGGCGGACAUACAUCGAGACCUCUUUGCUUACGACGAGAACGGCAGCCUUUUCUCUAACGACAUCACGCCCAUAAUCCUGGCCUCUCAGCACCACGACUACGAGAUAGUCCACUUGCUUCUCACCAGGGGGGCCCGUAUCCAGCGACCCCACGACUACCUCUGCCGGUGCAACGCCUGUACCGAGCAGCAGGCUGAGGACUCCUUCAGACACUCGCAGUCCCGUAUCGACGCCUACAAAGGUCUCGCCAGUCCGGCCUACUUGUCACUCUCCAAUGAAGACCCCAUGAUGGCGGCGCUGGAGCUGAGCCAUGAACUUGCGGUCUUGGCCAGCACUGAGAUGGAGUUCAAGAACGACUACAAGAAACUGUCCAUGCAGUGCAAAGACUUCAUGGUGGGCCUCCUUGACUUGUGUCAGAACACAGAGGAAGUGGAAGCCAUCUUGCAUGGUGACUCGCUCGAGAUUCCGCAAAACCUCGCCAGGUUAAAACUUGCCAUCAAGUAUGAAGUUAAGAAGUUUGUGGCCCAUCCCUACUGCCAGCAACGUCUGCUCUCCAACUGGUACCAGAACGUGUCCGGACUACGUCAGCAGACCACGGCAGUUAAGAUUCUCCUGGUUCUUGGGGUCGCGGUCGGCCUGCCCCUUCUGGCCCUCGUGUCCUGGAUUGCGCCAUCCAGCAAGCUAGGGAAGUUCAUGUCUGGACCUUUCCUGAAGUUUGUGGCGCACGCCGCCUCCUUUGUGACGUUCCUGUGCCUGCUGGUCCUCAACGCGGCCGACCGCUUCAACGGGCCGCCGCUGCUGCCAAACAUGACAGCCCACGAUCGGCCCUCACAGCUCUUCCGCAUGAAGACCACCCGCUUCACCUGGAUGGAGAUUCUUAUCAUGUCUUGGGUCCUAGGGAACAUUUGGGAAAAAUGCAAUGACAUUUGGUCACAGGACAUAAGAGAAUAUUUCUUAGAACCGUGGAACCUUCUGGACUUUAACAUUUUGGCCAUUUUCACCAGCUCGUUCAUUGCACGGCUGAUGGCGUUCUGGCACGUGUACGCCGCUCAGCGCUACGUGGACGAGCACCACGCCAAUCUGUCCAGCACCUCCCUGCCUUCAAACAUUCAAUACUUUCAGCUUCCCCGAGUCAGCUGGCUUUCGUCAGAUCCACAGCUAAUUUCCGAGGGGCUGUACGCCACCGCGGUGGUGAUGAGCUUCUGCCGCGUCGCCUACGUGCUACCCGCUAACGAGAGCUUCGGCCCGCUGCAGAUCACGCUCGGCAGGACGGUGAAGGACAUCUUCAAGUUCCUGGUGAUUUUCAUCACCGUCUUCGUGGCGUUCAUGGUGGGGAUGUUCAAUCUGUACUCGUACUAUCUCGGGGCCAAGUACAACGACGCAUUCACCACGCUGGAGGAAAGCUUCAAAACGCUCUUCUGGGCCAUCUUCGGCCUAUCGGAAGUGAAGUCGGUCGUGAUCGACAUCAACCACAAAUUCAUCGAGAACAUCGGCUACGUCCUGUACGGCGUCUACAACAUCAUCAUGGUGAUCGUCUUGCUGAACAUGCUCAUCGCCAUGUUCAACAGCUCCUUUCAGAAGAUAGAAGGUGACGCUGACGUUGAGUGGAAGUUCGCCCGAGCCAAACUGUGGUUCUCGUACUUUGAGCAAGGCGGCUCGCUGCCCGUGCCCUUCAACCUGCUCCCGAGUCUCGGCCCCGUUGCUUCUUUCCUGCGGGGGCUCAAAGGAUCUCUGUGGGAGGCAGCUCGAGGCAAAGGCAGAGAAAAGACGCGGGGUGAAGAAAGGGAACAACAAAAGUUAAAUCAAAAAGAAGACUCCAGAGUGGACGCAUCUGCUUGCCCAACACGUUAUCAAAAGAUCAUGAAACGCCUCGUCAAGAGACACAUCUUAAAAGCGCAGCGGGACAAAGAAAACGACGAGGUGAAUGAAGGCGCACUGAACGAAAUCAAGCGGGACAUCUCCAGCCUGCGCUACGAGCUGCUGGCGAUGGGGAAGCGGGAAGUGAAAACCCUGGCAGAGCUCAUCAGGCAGCUAAGUGAAGUGACACAAGGACACCAUGAGUCUUGUUAGUUUGUAUGCAAGGAUGCAUUCAAAGUCAAUUGGG